GCUAAUACCCACUGAUCUCCUAUGACAUCAUUUCAACUUGCCCACACCCUAUCCUCCCUUCCUCUCACUCUCCUUCUCUUCUCUUUUCUAUGAAUACUCAACCCAAUCCCUAUCCUUAUCUUUCUUUCUCCUCUCCGAAGAAUCUCAACCCAGAUUUAUUCUUCCUCUUCUGCUUUCAAUUUCGACCAAAAUCCUCUCUCCCUGUAAAUCCUCCUUUGGAGGAGCUUAGGCCGUGUUGGUGUUCUGAUCUUUGAUUUGUCGGAGAAAAUAAAAAAAAGAAAUAAAAAUGAACGCCAACGGCAUGGGAAGGUUUGAGGAGAGAGGGUAUAAUUCAGUGGUUUGCCCUAAGCCUCGUCGGUUAGGCCUUUGCAAUUCCUCAGCUCAUGAUCAUAUCAGAGCGUUUAGAUGGCCUACCAAUGGCUGUUAUCAGACUGAAAUGGUUGAUUCAAAAGAUGGGACAGAACUUCUUGAUAUAAUUCUCACCAAGGGAGGCUAUGGGGCUGAGAAACCCAGUAACCAGGUGGCGUCAUCGCCACCAUUUUUCUGCGGAUCACCACCGAGCAGGGCCACAAAUCCUGUUGUUCAAGAUGCCCAAUUCAACAAGGAGAAGCAGCUUCCACCUCUAUCAUCCCCAGCACCACCAUCACCGUCCUCACGCAUAGCAGGCGGAGGAUGCGUAAGGAUGAAAUUCGGGCAUAAACCAGCUGCAGUCCGGAUUGAGGGUUUCGAUUGCCUCAGCAGAGACCGCCGUAAUUGCAGCAUCUCUGCCGUGGCUUAACGCAAUCAAGACCCUCAAUUUGGCAAAAAAAGAAAAAGAAAAAGAAGGAAUUAUCAACCAUAGGUAGCCGCAGAGCAAGAGGGGAUUUUCAAUUUGUAAGAAAAUUUUGAUAUGAGAAAAAAAAAUCAGGGAGAUAAAUUGAAUUACAAGCAGUAGUGUGCUAGUGUUGUAAAUACAGAUCCAAUGAUGUCAAUGGGUGUUCUUUGUUGUUCUUGAAGAGUUGGGUUUUGGAUUUUCCUUGCAGAACUCUCAGGAUGUGUACAUUGUAAUGAAGGGUGAAGACUGAUGAGAGGGUAGCCGAUGUUAAUUUUUGAAGAAAUAAAAUUGUGUAGGAGAGAGGAGAGAAGAGGGAGCAAGCAGAAGAGCAUUUCUUUCUUUCUUUCUUUCAUCUCUUGUUAGAUUGUUCUUAGUUUUUGUUGAUAAGAUGAGAGAAGGUUGUCUUGUGAUAGUUUUUAAUGUUUUGAUUACUGUGAUCCUUCGGUUGUAAUUGUAAUUUGAAGGAAAAGGAGGAUUAAUCCUAUGAAAAGCUUCUGUUCAUUGUUGGGUUA